AUCCUUGAGCCCUUGAAGGAGGCAGGUUGUUCUGGCAUGGAGAUGGUUUGUGGAGACGGCUCUGCAAGGAAGGUGCACCCUGUCUUGGCCUGCUAUGUGGCAGACUAUCCUGAGCAAUGCUUAGUGGCCUGCACAAAAUACGGUACCUGUCCAAAAUGCCAGUGUCCUAACCAGGAGAUGGGAGAGAGCCUGAGGCUUGUGAAUCAAGGACGUCGCAAUGGACAUUGUCUAUUAUCAGAGAUGCCAUUGAAUUUUAAGUGUCAAGACUACGAUCUCUCAGGCUGGGUCAAUCAUCCUUUCUGGCAGGACUUUCCUUUCUCAAAUAUUCAUGCAUCUAUGACUCCCGACAUCUUACACCAGCUAUACCAAGGAGUCUUCAAACACCUUGUUACCUGGUGUCAGAAGAUCGUCGAUCCAGCAGAACUUGAUGCAUGUCUUUCCUGCCUUCCGCCAUCCUUUGGUGUUUGUCACUUCAAGAAGGGGAUUUCCCUGAUGAUGCAGAUACAGGGGAGUGAGAGGAAGGACAUGGCACAUGUUCUCUUGGGAUGUCUGAUAGGUCGUAUACCCCAGCAAGCGGUGACUGCUGUACAUGGUUUACUGGACUUUGUAUACCAGGCUCAGAACAAGACUUACGAUGAUGAGACUCUCAAGUACCUGCAGCAAGCCUUGGAUGAUUUCCAUGACAACCACCACAUCUUCAUCAAGCUUGUGCAUAUCAUCGGCUUAUGUGCUGACUUCAACAUUCCCAAGUUCCACUCCCUGCUACACUACAUUGAGGCGAUCAAGUUGUUUGGAACUACAGACAAUUACAACACAGAGAUAUUCAAACGUCUUCAUAUAGACUUUGCGAAGGAAGGCUGGAGGGCAUCUAAUCAUAGAGAUGAGCGACCUCAGAUGGUGCAUUGGAUAGAGAGGCAGGACAAGAUCCUGUCCUUCGACAGCUACAUAUCCUGGCGAACGUCC